GAGGAAGGAGGGAAUCUCUCUCGAGAGUCACCAUCACCUCCAUUCACGCGGCGUCACUCCCAGCGCCACGCUGGCCCGGCCGGCAGCCCGGGAUCCCCCUCGAGCGACGACGACGAGGAGACGCCGGCGCGGCGGUCCCCGCGCGCCGCUCGUUUCUCGCCGCCGAUCGCCGCCGGAUCGCGACGUUUGUCGCGGAGCGGCCGACGCGACCGCACCGGCGCCCCCACCGCCCGGGUUUUUAAAUCGGAGGUGGACAAGGUCGGCGCUUGACGGGGCGCCGCUGACCUCUGACCUCGGUGACCAGAGGGGGGGCGGUGGCUCCGUUGGGUUUCAGGCGGCGCUAGCGGCGGUGGCGGCGGCGGCGUUGGCGACGCCAGAGAAGCAUCGCCGCUUCGGCGCCCAGAGAGAGGAGCCGAGUGCCUGGCGGCGUCGGCGCUUGCGGUGCUGUGGCGGUGCGGAUGGCGGUGAGGAGGGAGGAGCUCAACCACUGACACGACCGCGGAGCCAUGGAGCGGCCAGCGGAGCAGCAUUGAGCAACGCCGGCGUGGAGACAGGAUGGGUAACGCGUACGCGGGACAGCUCAAGUCGGCGCGGUUCGAGGAGGCGCUGCACAGCUCCAUCGAGGCGUCGCUGCGCUCUGGCAGCGCGCUGCCACGCCCCGUCUUCUCGCAGCUCUACCUCGACUGCGAGCAGGACCCCGGCUCCCCUGAGGAUGUGAAGCCCACAGUGGAGGAGCUGGAGCAGGAGCUGGGGGAGGGGGUUUGCGGAGACGCUGGGGGAGGGCGUGGGAGCAUGGGGGGGCGACGAGGCGGGGGGCGUCGCGGCGCCGCUCACGACGAGGGCGCCGGCAAGGAGGGCUCUGGUUCUAACGAGGAGAACGAGGAGGGGGAGGAGCGGCUCUCGGACUCCAACAGCCCCCCCACCCUCUACCCACCCAACCCCCCCCCAGAAGGGUGCUGCACUACCGACGGCUUCUGCCAGGCCGGCAAGGACCUGCGCCUGGUGUCGCUGUGCGCCGACGCGCUGGAGGUGCCUCCCGGGUUCCACCUCGUCGGGGCCAAGUCGCCCUCGCUGCCCGAGCAUGUGCUCGUGUGCGCCGUCGAUCGCCGCUUCCUGCCCGACGAGACUGGCAAGCAGGCGCUGCUGGGUUUCUCCGGGAACUGCAUGGGCUGUGGAGAAAGGGGAUUCCGCUAUUUCACCGAGUUCUCCAACCACAUCAAUUUGAGGCUUACCACGCAGCCCAAGAAGCAGAAGCAUCUCAAGUACUUCCUGGUUCGCAACGCGCAAGGGCUGCUGGUCAAGGGGCCGCUCAUCUUCUGGAACGAGUACCGGGGUCGUCUGUAUGCCGCGCCACCUCCGGGAGGGGGCCCGUCAACUCCAGGGCCCCACGUUGCCACGCUCCUUCCGUUACCGGCACCGGACGAGGGGCCCGGCGCAUCGGGAGGGCCCCGUCUCGCCGGCACGCAACUCGGGGUCGCGACGGAGCGCGGCAUCGGCGGCGGAGGCAGCGGCGGGCCGGGCUCCACCUCGGCGUCGGCGUCGUUCCUGGCGGCGCCCGAACCGUUCCGCCACCACUCGGUGCUCAAGCCCAGCCCCGCGUUCCACCCGCAGGCGGUGGCGCUCGCCCGACCCUCGGCCAUUGCAGCUCACUAUGGUGCUUACCACGUUUCCUCCGCGAUCCGGGUCAACGGGAACGGCGGCGGGGGGAUGUUGGGGGGGGGCCCCGCAGGCCCGCGGGGGGCCCCUAGCGGCAGCCAGCUCUCCUCCACGCACCUGCGGCCGCCCUCGCCAACGGGCGUGGCCUCCGCGAUGGACAACGGAGUGUCGUCAGCGGGACCCCCUAAGAAGCGUCACAGGGGCUGGUCCCCGGGGUCCCCCUCCGGCGUGGGGACCAGCGGUGGUCCCCCUCCGCCGGUGCACCACUCAAGCCGCACAGAUCCGGCGCUAGCGGCGAGUGCGUUGCCGACCCCCAUGCUGGGCGGCGGCGUGGCCGGGGCGGCGCCGCUUGCCGGGGAGAGCGUCGUGGUGCCCGACAGCCUGGCGGACGUCUGCGGAACUCGGCCCGUCAUCCUGAUCGGUCACGGCACGCUGCCCUACCUGUACGGCGACGUGGGCGACAUCGUCGUGAGCCCGGCGCUCAUGAGCUGCUACGGCUCCCCGCAGUUCCCCCCGCCGCGCGCCGCCGAGGCGUUGGGCCUCGCGCCCUCCGCGCCGCCCCUGCCCAUCGAGACGCAGAUCCUCCUCACCCUGCACUACCUCGCCCAGCUCGGCGGAGACCGCCCCCCCUUCCGGGAGGAGUUUGAUCAGAUCCUGCUGCGCACGCAGCAGCAGCAGCAGCAGGGCGGCCCAGACGCCUCGCACAUCCACUCGUCUCUGGGCGGCGUCAUCGUGAGCGGCGGCGGCGCCCCUGGGCCGGUGCCCCCGCCCUGCAUCUCGCCGUCCCAGCUGCCCUGGCUGGCGCGCCUCGCGGCGUGCCCGUCAGGCGGCGCCGUGCGGGUGCUGGCGACGCAGGGCUCGCUCGGCGAGGGCCUGGCCGAGACGCUCGGUUCGCUGGCGCGCUCGCCGCGUCCCGCGGCGCCGGGUCGGCUUCACGGAGGAGACGGCGGCGCCGCGACGGCGGGGGCGGCGUGGGGGCCGUCGGUCGGCGGCAGCCGGACGACGGCGGCGGCGCGGUUCAACCGCCCGCGCUACGUGGUGGUGGUGUGCACGUCGUGCGCGAGGGGCAGCGAGUUCUGCGUCAUCGUCACCGGCCCCCUGCAGGCUCGCGCCAUAGCAGAGAACAUGCUGUCCGUGGCCGAGUGCCUCAAGGAGAUCAGCUACGAGCUCAUUACUGGCAAAGUCGGCAUCCUCGCUUCUCACUUCCAGUGCAGCUCACACGAGCGAGAACUCGACUGGCUGCUGGACCGCUUCGAGGAGGAGAGGGAGGGACGCGUCUUCGCUCCCUACGGCGACGACGAGGGGGGGCGGCCGCUUCGCGCCGACGAGGAAGCGGCCGUCGCCCUACCCCCCGCCGGCACAGUGUCACCCCCGGAAGGGUUCCGCCUGCAUCCGGCACAGUUCUGGGUGGCCCGGAAGCUGCUGUCGCAAGUCUGCGCCAUCGCCGACGCCGCUACGCAGCACCUAGACCUGGGCCGCUUCGGCCGCGUCCACUUCCUGCUUCUGAUCCCGCCCUCUGAGAGCCUCUACCGGCAAACGCUGGAGCGGCUCAACCAGUCCAGCAUCCUGGCUGACCUGGGCGUGGAGGAGGGGUCGCAGAAGGGCGAGCGCUAUGUCGCGCGCCUCGACGGCGACGGGCAGGCCAAGUUCGAGGCCUUCCUACACCGCGUGCGCCGCAACCCCUACACACUGUUCGUGCUGGUGCACGACCAGGCCCACGCCGACACCACGAGUGGCGCGUCGAUGUCGGGUUCCCACGGCGACGUCUACACGGGGCUCGCCGAUCGGCUGGUGAACUGCCGGGAGGCGCGCGAGGCGGCGAACCUGCUGACGCUGCAGGUGUCGGCGGCGCCCUACGGCCUGCAGAGCCAGCACUCCCGCAUCGCGCCCUACAACGAGGUCUACUGGCCGCUCACCGACCCGGUGCGGCAAGAGGGCCCGCACCUGCUGGGGAGCGAGUACUUUGGCGUGAGCGAAUUCCGGCGAGAGAUGCACUCGCCCACUCGGCUGCCGGCGAUGCGGCAUGACGAGGCCUUCGAGAGCCUCGCGGAGACGCUGCUGGAGAGGUUCCCGCGCCUGCACAGCGCCGUGAUCCGCACUUACCUGCUCGUGCGGCACUACGCGGCGGCGCUGCUGGCGACGGCGGGCGCGCACGGCACCGAGGCGCAGUGCACGGUGGAGACGCGCGCCAUGCUGGGCGCCGUCGCGGGUCCUCCGCACGCCACCGGGCGAGGCCCCAUGCUGCUGCUGCGCGUGCCGUCGCCGCAGCUGGCGCGGGUCGCCUACGAGCGCCUCCUGGACGUGCGGCGUCGCCUCGGCAUGAGCUACCGCUUCGAGGUGGUGCUGGCGGGUGCCGACGGCGCGGACCUGACCGUCGGGAAGCACUUCUUGGCUCGGCUCCGGGCGUGGCGGGGCAUGGAGGAUAGUGACUGGGUGCCCCGGAGCUUCCAGGACCUGGAGGACCUGCCGUGCAUCCUGCUGCUCAGCGGCAAGGACCUGUACGGCGAGACCCUGCCCAGGUCGCUCAAGUACUGCGACCUGCGACUCAUGAGCACGAGCGGAGUGACGCGCACGGCGCUCGAGCAGGAGCUUGGCACGGCCGCACGCUAUGUCACCCGGGCGACCGCGUCGGCCGGGAAGCGCACCCCGAGCAACGAGGGACGACGGGCGGGGGCGCCGGGGGAAGGGCUGCGGGGGCGGACGAGGACGGCCAGCGGGGAGGAGGCCCACAGCAGCCCCCACAGCGAGGGCAGCACCAUGCCCCCCACCACCUCCUCCAGUGGAGUAGCAGAGAAUGGCUCGAGCCCGGUCUCCAGCGAGGAGGGCUCAUCCCUCAAAUCUACCGGCACCGGCUCCGACCCCAAAUCUCCUGACGCACCUUCCCCCGACAUCGCCGCCCCCCCGCCGGUCCCGCCGGCCCCACCGGCCGAGGGAAGCACAAGCAUGGCCCUCAGGACACACCCCCCGGUUCCAUCGGACCCGGCUCCCGAACCGACGACGGAACCAUCCGCCGAGGUCUCCACGCAAACGGGUGGCGACCUGAAGCCGGCGCUCGUCAACGGCGGUGUCGGCCUCGUCGACGAGCGGGCCGCCACCAGCCGGACCUCCUCGUCUCCGGCGACCGCGGCGGCCCCCUCGGUGCUCCAUCCUGCACCGCCGGAACCCGCCGAGGUGCUGCCCCCGUGCGUGCUACUGCCCAAGGCCGUCGCCGCUCUGCUGCGCGGGCAGGGCGGGAGCGAGUUGCACGCGCUGCUGCCGCCCGCCCCCAGGGUGGGCUGGGCCACGCACCUGCGGCCGCCCCCGCCGGCGCACGCCCCUGCCGUCGCCGCUGCAUCCUCGGCCUACUGCAGGCUGUGGACGGUGGCGCGGCAGCAGCACUGCGACCACGACAACCGAGCGGCCGACGGGGGUGGCGCGGGGGCCGGGGGGAGCGGUGGAUUCCACCCGCGCCGCCUGCUGUUGUGUGGCCCACCGCAGGUGGGUAAGACCGGCGCCUAUCUGCAGUUCCUGCGUGUGCUCAACCGCAUGCUGAUCCGCCUGCAGGAGGUGGACGUCUACAACGAGGAAGACAUCAACCAAGACCUGCUGGAGGGGAGCUCGAGCCUCCACGUGUCGCAGGACCAGUGGCCGGACAUCGAGGCCUUUCGCAAGCUAACCUUCGACCCCGUGCUACGCGACAGCCGCUUCCGCAAUGCCAGCCCCGUCUACACGCCUCGCUUGGGGUCAAGGGUCAAGUCUGGACUGGUGGAGCGAUCGGGCGGAGCCAAGCGGCGCACCGUGUCCGUCACGCUGUCAAAGUUCGCGGCUCACAACACGUUCCACCACUGCGAGCAGUGCCACCUCUACACGGACCCCGGCCCGCCCACGCAGGCACGCGAGGCCGGCCUGCAUGCCUUCACGUUCUCGUCGGCGGCGUUGGGCGAGGAGGUGACGCUUCACUUCCUCGUGCCGCGCUCCCAGGAGCACCACUUCGUGUUCAGCGCCAGCGGCCGCACCAUGCACAGCUUCCGCCUGCCGCUCAUCACCGACACGGAGGACACGGUGGCUGUGCGCAGCCCAAUCUUCACUCCGAGCACGGGGCGGCACGAGCACGGGCUGCUCAACCUGCACCACGCGCUGGAGGGCGCCGGCGCCGCCGCGCUGCACGUCGUGGUGGUGCGCGCCGGCGAGGUGCCCGCCUACCAGCGCUACUGGCCCAACCACGUGCUGCUGGCGCUGCCCCGGCACCUCGACCACACCGGCGUCGGCCUGGCACGGUGCCUGGUCCAGGAGCUGUGUCGGGAGAAUCUGGAGCGCGAGCGGGCACGCCGGGCCGCCCAGGUGGAGGCGGCGGGGUCGGCGGCGGGAGGCGACGGGGCCCCGGACGCCGCCAGCGAGUGCACCGCUCCUGGCGCGCGCCCGCAGGACGUAUGGCCGUUCGUGCUGGUGAUGGACGACUCGUGCGUCAUGUUCUACGAGGCGCAGCCCCGACGGAGGGCGGGGGCCACCGGGGCGGAGACGUCCGAAGGGGAAAUGGAACCGGAUGGGAUGACGCGCGAGCCGCCGGCGUGCGGCGGCGGCGGCGGCUCCGCCGGCGGCGACGGCGCCGUGGACACGGAGCGCUGCGUGUCGCUGCGCCACGUGCUGCGCCGCCUGGAGGCGACGCCCAAAGUGACGCGCUACGCCGCGCUGGGCGUGCGGCGCUGGGGCGGCUCGUGGCGCGCCGCGGGCCCGUCCGGUGCCGCCGGGACGGCGCGCCUCCACUCCUUCUCACGACGACACCUCCACGACCUGGUGCUGCUCAACGUGGAGCUGACGCGCGCCGUUACGUACGACCACAACCGGUACUCGUGUGAAGAUGUGGAUUUCAACCUGCGUGCCGAUGGCCAGGCCUUGCUGCUGUGCUGCUUCAACGCGUUCAGCGUCAUGAAGAAACACGUGGGCGUGGGUGGGCACCAGCACGUUCCUGUACCACAGGCACCAACGGCGGCAGGGGUGUGCGCGCCCGUCUCCCCGAGCCAGUUCGUGUGCGCCCCAGACAGCGACUACACCUUCCUACAGGCGCCAGCUCACCUGUUACUCGAGCGCUACCUGCGCGUGGCCGGCAGCACACUGUUUCCGCAAGCGGCGCGCUCACACGCUCACCCCGUGCUCGCCCUCGACUCCUACCUCAACCUGGGCGCACAGGUGUCCGUGUGUUACGCGAGCUCCCGAGCCGCCCCCGUGGCCCCCCCCGGCCCCUUCCCCGUCUACAGCGGCCUCCUGCUCUACCUGUGCGAUUCAGGGCUCACGGCUGACAUGCUGCGUCGAUUCAAGUUUCUGCAGGGCGCGACGCUCUGCGUCAUCUGCCAGGACAGGAGCUCCCUGCGUCAAACCGUGGUGCGGCUGGAGCUCGAGGAGGUGUGGCAGUUCCGUCUGCGAGAUGAGUUCCAGACGGCCAACUCGCCCGGAGAUCGCCCCCUGUUCUUCCUGACGGGCCGUCACGUCUGAGUCCGAAACCGAGUCCACCCUGUACCCUCUGCACUACCCAGCAGGAGUCCAACCAGUACCCGCUGCACUACCCAGCAGGAGUCCACCCUGUGCCCCCUCCACUGCCUGGUCUGGAGACAAUGCUGGCUUGGGCAGUCGGGAAGCAGUCUGUUCAACGAUGCGGCUGUGAGCAUGGGGAGAGGAGGUUGUGGUGUCGCAAGCCACAGCGGUGUGGUGCGGUGCGACUGGACCUCGGCAUUUGUUCCGGCAUGAGACAGAUUCGCUCACCCCUCGCUCGCCCGCGUCGCCUGACCGCUCGCCCGCUUCACCUGACUCGCUCACCUGUCACCCGCCUCAGGUGCAGCUGUUGAUCAAAAUCCUCCGGCAGUUCGCUUGGCGUCCGUCGUGGCUGUGCCUUCGUCGUUCGAGCACGGCCCCCCCCCCUCUAUCCACCAUCUGCUCCCCUUUCCCACCCUCGCCCAGCCCCCACAACGUCUAAUUUCCCCUCCCCCCAUGCUCUCCCUGCUCAACCCCCCUCAGCUGGGCAGUGGGGGUUGAGUGACUCGCGUCUCACUGAGCACUCAUAUCAAAAUCAACAUCGUGCCGAACUCACCAGGGGGUGCGCGAUCUAAUCAACAACAACAAAAUUACAUCAACAACACAGGGACCCCAGGGAGUGGGGACCCCAGGGAGUGGGGGUCCAGGUCAAGACCACGCGUGACCUGGCGUGUGGAGGGUCCAUGGUGCUGCCUGUCAAAACAGCCUCACUGGUGUGUGUGUGUGUGUUCCGGUGUGUGUGUGUGUGUGUGUUCCGGUGUGUGUGUGUGUGUUCCGGUGUGUGUGU